AUGGAGCAGAAUCAAGGUCUUUUGAGGAAGCCUAACAAAGAUGAAGCUAAAAUGGUUGUUUUUGGAUUGAAUAGUGAGAGUGCAGGGGGUCCAGAUGGCUUCACCGGAUGUUUCUUUCAUUCAUGUUGUGAUAUUAUUGAUGAUGACAUAUCUGAUAUGGUGAAGGCUUUCUUUAAUGUGCAAGAAUUACCUAAAUGUUUAACUCAUACAAACCUUGUCCUCUUACCUAAGAAGAAAGUGGUGACUACAUUCUCGCAUAUGAGGCCAAUUAGCUUAAGCAACAUCAUCAAUAAAGUAUUCUCAAGGGUGAUUAAUGAAAGAAUGAGAACAGAGGCUGGACCAAAUGUGGUGAUUAAGCUAGACAUGACAAAAGAUUAUGAUAGGUUAUCCUGGUUGUUGUUGACUAAGGUAUUGAGGAAGAUGGGGUUUAGUGAGAGAUUCAUUGGAUUGGUUUAUGGUAUCGUAUCAAACAAUUGGUAUUCUUUGUUACUCAAUGGACCGCCACACAGUUUCUUCAAAUCAAGUAAGGGUGUAAAGCAAGGAGAUCCAUUAUCUCCUACUCUCUCUAUCCUAGCAGUUGAAGUUUUACCUAGGGGAUUCAAUGCCUUGCAUAUGAACUUAUAUUUCUGUGGAUGUGGUAUGCCUAAUUGGAGUCCCAAGAUAAAUCAUCUUGCUUAUGCAUAUGAUAUUAUUAUCGUCUCAUCCUCAGAUGCAACAUCAUGGAAGUUCUAUAUGCGUAUGAGGAGGCUUCUUGGCAACUAA